AAAUCAGAAAUACUCCAAUUUAAUGCUCUCUUUAUGAAACUUACUUAUCCUUAAAGCGAGUAUUAAAGUGUCGAGUAAAGUGCGAAUUAACGCUAAUUUCUUUUCAGCGCGACAUCUCUCGAUUACAGAACGAACCUAACCAACAUCGAUUUAUAUUCUAAUCGUUACAAAUUAACAUACGCUUUGCAUACAAUGAAAUGUUAAUGCUAAAAAAAGUAUAACGUAAUUAACGGUAAUUGAGUUAAUUACGUAUCCGUUAAUGAUUUAAUAUAUUCAAAUUUUUCUGACAACUCUCGUUGGUUGGCGGUGGCUUUGAUCGAUCAGCUGAUGGUCACAGCCCCCUAUUUGUUUUCAAAACAACAAAAAUGUUGACAAGAUGAGAUUGUUCUCCUACACUCGGCUCUGCAUCAUCCUAACAGUUUUAAUCACUAUCUUUUACCUGUACUGGAGCGUCUUCAAUUUCGAGAGCAAUGAGUCCGUUCAGAUUGGAACUGGGAGACCUGUGCUUCUUCCCACCAAGAAAAAACUUGUUAACAGUCACAUUGUUACGGUGGCUGUGGUCGCGUGCGGGGACAGGCUGCACGAGACCCUGACUAUGAUCAAAUCCGCUAUAAUGCUCAGCCAGGUACAUUUGAGGUUCAUCGUGGUCACUGAGGAUAAUCUCAUCGAGAACUUCCAGGAAAAAUUGAGCGAAUGGCAGGAAUUUACUAACAACGCGUUCACUUUCCGUGUGAUGCCGCUAACGUUUCCUAAAGACAAUGCACAGGAGUGGAGGAAACUGUUCAAACCGUGUGCAGCUCAAAGAUUGUUCUUGCCUUCUGUUUUGGAUGAUAUCGACUCGAUUUUGUACAUGGACACGGACACCCUAUUCCUGACUCCCGUCGAGGACGUUUGGGAGCAUUUCAACAACAUGAACUCUAGUCAGAUGGCGGCGUUAGCACCGGAACACGAAGAUCCAAACGUCGGAUGGUACAACAGAUUUGCGAGACAUCCGUAUUACGGCCCUUUGGGUGUGAAUUCCGGAGUUAUGCUGAUGAAUCUGACAAGGAUGAGGGAAUUCCAAUGGGUGAACUACGUGAUUCCCAUAUACAAGCGGUACAAACUGAAGAUUACUUGGGGCGAUCAAGACAUCAUCAACAUAAUCUUCCACUUUCAUCCGGAUAAACUUUACAUUUAUCCUUGCCGCUACAACUUCCGUCCAGAUCACUGCAUGUACAUGAGCGUCUGCAAAAGCGCAGAACGCGCCGGUGUUGCUGUUAUCCACGGCUCCAGAGGAUUCUUCCAUUUGGAGAAGCAACCGGUAUUCACCGCCAUAUACAGAGCGUUCGAAGAAUUUCAAUUGGGAGGAGACAUCUACCAGGACUUUUACGAGCCUCUGGAGAACUACUUGGAUCUGACGACGGAGACGAGCUGCGGCCACAUCAUAGGAAUUUAUCUGAAGAAUCUCAGGAGGUACAUCGAUAUCAAAGAGGACAACGCUAGAUAAUUGACUCAACGAAAACUUAGGCAAGAACAAAUUAUUUUUGUCUCUUUCUCUUUAUACAUACGAAUCUAUAUAUAUACACUUUUUACACUGAUAUUAUUGUGCAGGGAGGAUAGGAAAUUUUACGUUAAAGUAAUUUAAUUUAAACUAAACAACAACAAAAAAAAAACAGUAUUAAAAA